AUGGCGACUCAAGUACUUGAUUAUCGUUUGGAAAUUGAUGAGAAAAACUUCUCAGCAGAGAGCUACUUUCCUGGUAUAGCAUAUGAUGACUUCGACAGGGCAGGAGGAAUCAGUCCAUGGAAGAUUUGUCGCAUGUUUGAGGCUGGCAGAACAGUUCCAUUCUUUGUUGGCAACUUCCUGGAUUUCAACAGUCUUCGCACAAACAAUUUCACCUUCUUUGUGUUAGGGGGAGAUUACUACUUUGAUCCAUGCCUGUGGGAAGUGGCUCGGAGAUAUCAUUACUUUCCGUAUAAGAUUAAAGUUGAGCUGAUCAAUGUUGGGCAGACAUCACUUACAAUUCGAGAAGUUCUGACCAACCUCCUUGACCAGAAAGAGAUCGCCACAUUUUAUGGCAAGCUUGUCUAUGUUGACAAAAACUCAAAGAAGUCGCAGGUUCUUCCAUACUGGCACCGCAUGAAAUACAGAAAUGUCGAGUCUUCAGACAGGGUCAGGUUAGACACUUCGCUGCCAAGGAUUCCGGAGCAUGCCUUUUCUGCAAAGACUGUGGUUGGGGCCAGUGAUACUGACCACAAUGGACACACAAACCAGGGGAGUUACAUCAGAUUUUGCCUAGAUGCUGCAGAACUAGCCAGAAGAGCAAAAGUUCUGCACCGUUUGACCCAUGACAUCUGCCUGUAUCCUAUUGUGAAAAUGAGUACUGCAUACACAGGGGAGACUCUGGCUGGUGAGGAACUGAUUACCACUGUGUGGGAAGAUGACCUGUCCCCCACCAUUCUCCAUUUUGUGGUCAAACGGGAGGACACUGUGGCAUACAUCUCUUCAGUCACAUUCAAGGACAAACCUUGUUCGAAACUGUAA